AUGGAUUAGGACAAAACCUCAGCAAAAGAGGUUUCUUCUUCUGUCUAGAUAUCUCUUGAUGAACUAGAGCCUCUUAAUAUGUACUUAUCAUCAGUAUGUAUUACACUUCUCAGCGUCAGCUAAGACAGCUUCCACUAGAUUAUUCACUCAGAAUAAAAUUAACAAGUUAUAUCAAAAUUCGCAUCAUCAUCUUCGUAAAAGAUUUUAAUAGUGUCAAAACUUAAUCAAAAUAAAAGUAAUGGAAAUGAUGAUAAUGUAGCAAUAGAGUUUUCAAAUGAAAUAGAAUCCACCAAAAUGACUGCCCACUCUAUAGCUUUUAUCAAGCGUCACUAGUUUAGCAUCUUUGAAUAAGUUAGUGCCUACUCAGGAGUAAUUUAAGUUAUUAAUUUAGGUUACUACGCUCAUGACUCUUCCCCAAUUUCUGUCAAUCAUCUUUAUGUUUAAAACUGCUUCUUGCCAAUAUUCAAUGCUUAUCGCUAAUAAUUCGAAAAUAAAGCUCCAAAUAAUAAGCAAGCAUAUUAAUCACUACUCAAAAAGCUUAGUGAAUUUAAUUUAGCAUUAAUCUAAUGUUAGCAAAAUGUUGAAGUACCUGAAAUUCAGCUUUUUUAUGAUCCUGUCUUAAAGGAAAGAGUACAAAAGCUCAAGGCAGAAGGAAAAAAUGUUACAGUAGAUGAUUUUGAAGACCUCCUUGAUAAAAAUGAAUUUAUAGAUAGCUUAGCUAACUGUGUAACCAAAUGGACUAAAGAUAUAAGAGCUAUUAUUAACAUGGAUUACGAGGUUAGCAGUGGAUCUACACUUCAAGAAAUCAACUAUUGGCUUAGUUAUGAAAGAAGUUUAAAUUUAAUUGACUAGCAAAUAAGUUAAAUUGAAACAACUAUUACUAUUGAGUUAUUGAAAAAGAAAUUUAAGCAUAAUGUCAUAGUACCAUUUGAAUAUGAUUUAAAGUUCAAACACACACUCUAAGAGUGCACAAAAUGCAAUUAGUUUAUGAAAGAAUUCCCACUUAACGACUUACUCUCUGCAAGCAGCUUGUAAGAAAUCAGAACUUCACUAUCUGGAAUCUUUAAUCAUAUGAAAAAUAUUAAGAGUCUUAGCUAUACUCCUUAAAGAGCCUAUUAGCUUCUUGAAGCCUUAUCUCGUGACUUGAACUCCUAAAUAGUUAAAAUUUUAAGCUAAUAUAAGUUAAUGACUAUGAAUUAUGAUCAUUUCACUUAACUUAUUGCUGAUAGUCAGGAGAUAUUUAAAAAGUGGGACAAAGAAUUUAAUGCUUUCAAGUAAUCUUUGAAGGGACACACCUCAAACUGCUUCUUCUUACACGUUGCUUUCAUUCAAACCCGUCUUGAAAUUAUUAUGGAAAUUCGUAAAUUGCACUAAACUUUGAAUGAAGUUAUUUAGAACAUUCUUAGUAAAGAUCGCUCUUCAGAUAAAUUAGGUGAUACUAAUUUCCUUUCCACUACCGAAAUUAAUGAAGCUUUCAGCAUUUUCGAUGAUAUUGAUGUUCUUAAUUCUUCUGAAGAAGGAGAAUAAGCUUUAAAGUUAGCUAAGAAUAAAUAUGAGCAAAGAAUUGAUUAGAUUGAAAUCCAAAUCACUUUAAAACUUCGUGAUAAACUUGGAUAAGCAAAGGAAAAUCCCAACGAAAUGUUUAGAAUUUUCAGUAAAUUCAACAAACUUUUUGUCCGUCCUCAUAUUAGAGGUGCUAUUGUUGAAUAUUAAUCUGACUUGCUUGAAAAAGUAUAAAAAAAAAUUAGUUAGUUGCGUGAGAAGUUUGUUAAGAAAUAUGUAAAUACUGAAACCUCAGUUCUCUGCAAGGUCAGAGAUAUUCCCAACAUUGCUGGUAGUGUCAUUUGGACAAACUAAAUGAUUAAAAAAUUAAAUAAAUAUAUGGAUUAAAUGGCUGAUGUCUUAGGUGAAAAGUGGGUUGAGCAUCCAUUGGGAUAAAAAUGUAAAGAAACUUGCGAAGCCUUCAAGAACCACUUAAAUCCUUAACAAUUUGUAGACAUGUGGUCUAAUGAAAUUUUAGAUCUUAAUCAAAAAAAGAGUGAAAGUGAAAAAAUAUUUAAAAUAGUUUAGAAGCGUAAACUUGAAUUAGAUGUAAAUUAUGAUGAGCGUUAAGUUAAUCUCUUUAAGGAAACUCGUAUUUUGAGUUCUUAAAAGGUUCGUUUCCUAUCCUCCUUGUCAUACACAGCUUAAUAAGCUAAGAAUAUUUAUCCUUUUGCAAUGUCUAUUUAAGAAUCUAUUCGUUCAUAUAACUAAAUUUCAAACCACGUUGAUGAUAAAAUGAAAAAGCUUGUUGCUUCUUUCCGUAGAGGUGUUCACAAAUAAAUUAGAAACGGUAUGCAAAUCAACUGGAAUGGUGUUAUCUAUUUGAGCACAUUUACUAAAAAUUUAGCAGAAUAAGUUUAAAAAUUUGAAGAAGCUGUUAACCUUUUGAAAGAUUAUAGUGAAUAGAUUGAAUCUAUUUUAGCAUUUUUGAAGACUUGCCAUCCUUCCCAUGAAACUUUCAAAGAAAAAUUAGAAGAAAUCCAAAAGUUGAUUGAUGAUAUUAACUUUUAAAAAGAUUAUUCUAACUUGCAUAUUUGGGUACCUGAGGUCGAUGCCAAGAUAGAAGAUAUUCUUGUUGAGCGUUUGGUCUAAAUUAUAAGGAAAUUUGUUGUUGAAUUCGAGACUUAUCGUUUAAUGGAAAAAAGAGAAUUUAUUGAGCAACACACAAGACAUGAGCUCAAGAUGAAGGAUUAAGUAAUUAGUAUUGAACCUUCUACUGAAUUUGCCCGUUACUAUUGGUUCUAACAGUUCCACAAGGCUAUUGGUAUCAUAUGUUCUCUUCCAAGACUAGAAGCCACUAGAUAUUCUACUUCAAUUUCAAGUAAAACAGCAGAAAAUAUUAAAAACUCUGAUUAUAGCUCUAUAUUGCUUAAGAUUCCUAAGGACGUUUUGAUUGGAUCUUACAAUAGAAUAGAUUAAAUUCUUAGAGAUAAUGAAAGAUACGUUAAUACAUGGUUGAGCUAUCAGUCUCUUUGGGCUAUUGAUUAGAAGAAAGUUUAUGAACUCUUAGGAGAUGACAUUAAUAAGUGGUAACAACUUUUAUCUGAAAUAAAAUAAGGAAGAAGUACAUUCGAUAAUUCUGAUACAGACAUAUUCUUCGGUCCUGUAUAAAUAGACUAUCGUUUAGUUCAAGUUAAAAUUAACAAUAAAUAUGAUUAAUGGCAUAGAGAAAUUUUAGAUCACUUUGGUCUAACAUUUGGCGAUAAGCUAAGAGAUUUCAACACUAAGAUUUAUAAUGCACGUUUAAAAUUAGAAAAGAUUAGCUUUAACAAUCCUUCUGUUGAUGUAACUAUUGCUAUUACUGAAGUAAAGGAAAUGAUGGAAAAAUAUUCUGUAUGGAACAAUGAUAUUGAAAUUUUCAGAACUGGUUAAAAGCUCUUGGAAAGAUAAAAAUAUUAAUAUCCAAAUGAUUGGCUCUGGUUAGAUUAAGUUGAAGGUGAGUGGUCAAAUUUUAGACAACUAGUAAAUAGAAAAAAUUAAUAACUUGAAAAGGAAAUUCCUACACUUCAAGAGAAAAUCCUUUAAGAUGAAUAAAUCUUAAAUGAAAAAAUUAGAGAUGUUGAAGAAAGUUGGUCCUCUAAGAAACCUUCAAGUGGUGAGUAAUCUCCAAUUGAGGCCUUAGAUGUUUUGAAUAUAAUUUCUGGCCAAUUAGGAAGAGUAAAAGACAAUUAUUCAAACUGCUGCAAGGCAAAACUUCUUCUCAAUCUCGAACCUGGUAAUAUGUAAAAAUUAGAAGAUCUUGAAGAAGAUAUUAACUCUCUCAAGGAAGUUUGGUAAGAAUUAAACAAAGUCUGGUAGAACAUCGAAGCAUUAAAUGACACUCUUAUCAAUGCCAUAUAACCUAAAAAAAUUAAGGAAGCUAUGGAUAAUGCUAAUCGCCUUAUGACAGAAGUUCCAAAUAAAAUUCGUACAUACGAACCAUAUGAAAAAAUGAGACAAAGAUUGAAAGACUAUGGAAAAAUGAACCGUAUUAUUGAUAAUUUAAAAACAGAAGCUAUGAAGCCUCGUCAUUGGUCAAACAUCCUCAAAAAAAUGAAACUUAAACCUUCAUUAAAUGAAUUAACUCUUGGUCAUUUGUGGUCUAAUGAAUUAGUUUUGAAGUAUGAAAGAGCUAUUGAAGAUGUUUUAAGUGUGGCUUAAGGUGAAUUUGUACUUGAGUGCAUGAUGAAGAAUGUUAAGGAAUACUGGAAUGAAUUUGAAUUAGAUAUGGUUAAUUAUUAAAAUAAAUGUAAACUUAUUAAAGGCUGGGAUGAUCUUUUCGCUAAACUUGACGAAGAUUUGGGAACUUUGGCCUCCACUAAAAUGUCUCCUUAUUACAAGCAAUUUGAAGAAGAAAUUACUCCUUGGGAUGAAAAGCUUCAAAGAAUAAGAAUUUUGUUAGACAGCUGGAUUGACGUGCAAAGAAAAUGGGUUUAUUUAGAAGGUAUCUUUUUCGGUGCUUCUGACAUAAAGACUCAACUUUAAAAUGAAUAUAAUCGUUUUAAGGGUAUUGACAGUGAAUUUACUUCUCAUAUGAAGAAAGUAGCCAAAAAGCCUCUUCUUUUAGAUGUCAUUUCCAUUCCUGGAUUACAAAAAACAUUGGAAAGACUUGCUGAUAUGCUUGCUAAAAUUUAAAAAGCUCUUGGUGAGUAUCUUGAAACAUAACGUUCAGCAUUUGCUCGUUUCUAUUUCAUUGGUGACGAAGAUCUUUUGGAAAUUAUCGGUAACAGUAAAGAUGUUACUAAUGUUCAACGUCACUUCCCUAAAAUGUAUGCUGGUAUAACUACUCUUACUAGUGAAAAGAAUGAAAAGAAUGAUGACAUAGUCAAGGGAAUGAAUUCUAAAGAAGGUGAAUCCGUAGCUUUUGACACUGAUAUCAAUGUAGGUGAAGAUCCUAAGAUUAAUGUCUGGUUAGGAAAGGUAGAUGACUAAAUGAGACUAUCUCUUGCUUCUAAUUUAUAAAAAUCAAUGCAAAAAAUAGCAGCUAUCGAGCAAGGAGAUGACCAAUCUUUAUUAGAAAUUAUUGCAUAAUAACCUGCUUAAUCAGGAUUACUCUCAUUACAAGUAUUCUGGUGCAGCAGAGUAGAAAAAGCUUUCGAAACAAAAGAAUUAGAAAGUGUAGUAUAAUAUAUUAUCCGCUUUUUGGAAGUAUUAGCCACUAAUGUAGUUAAGGAUUUGAAAAAAGAUUUACGUCAAAAAUAUGAGCAAAUUAUCACUGAUUUUGUUCAUCAGAGAGAUGUAACUAGACAGUUGAUUAUAAAGAACGUUGAUAAUCACAAAGACUUUGCUUGGUAAUACCAUAUGCGUUUCACUUGGUUCACUAAAGAGCAAGACCCAUUGAAGAAACUCUUGAUAAAUAUGGCUAACGCUUCAUUCCAUUAUGGUUUUGAAUAUCUUGGUGUAGGAGAAAAGCUUGUUCAAACUCCAUUGACUGAUAAAUGUUAUUUAACAUUAACUUAAGCUUUACACUUAAGAAUGGGUGGUUCACCUUUUGGACCUGCAGGUACAGGUAAAACUGAAUCAGUUAAAGCUCUUGGUUCUUAAUUAGGUAGAUUUGUUCUCGUUUUUAACUGUGAUGAAACAUUCGAUUUCCAUGCUAUGGGACGUAUCUUUGUUGGUUUGUGUUAGGUAGGUGCUUGGGGUUGCUUUGAUGAAUUCAAUAGAUUAGAAGAAAGAAUGCUUUCUGCAUGCUCACAACAAAUUCUUAUUAUUCAGAGUGGUUUGAGAGAAAGAGCAACUAAAAUUGAAUUGAUGAAUAGAGACGUUAAGCUUAAUCCUAAGAUGGGUGUUUUCGUUACUAUGAAUCCUGGCUAUGCUGGUCGUUCAAAUCUCCCUGAAAACUUGAAAUAACUUUUCAGACAAAUGGCCAUGGUUAAACCUGAUAGAGAUUUAAUUGCUUAAGUUAUGCUUUAUUCUUAAGGUUUUAGAACUGCUGAAAAGCUCUCUGGUAAAAUUGUUUCACUCUUCGAAUUAUGUAAUGACUAAUUGUCCUCUCAACCUCACUACGAUUUUGGUCUUCGUGCCUUAAAAUCUGUCUUAGUUAGCGCUGGUAAUAUGAAGAGAGUUGAAAUAAGCAAAGUAGAAAACUUAUCUAAUUUCACAGAUGCUUAAAUUCAAGAAUUUGAACAAAAGAUUUUGCUUAGAAGUGUAUGUGAAACUAUUGUUCCUAAGCUAGUGUCUGAUGAUGUCCCUCUUCUUUCUAACUUAUUAUCUGGUGUCUUCCCAGGAAGCUCCAUUCCCGAAAUCAAGGAAGAUGAGUUGCGCAAAGAAAUUGAAAAAGUUUGUGCUAAGAGAAAUUUACUUCCCACAGACUUGUUUAUGCAAAAAAUAUUACAACUUUACCAAAUUUAAAGAUUACAUCACGGUGUUAUGAUGGUCGGACCUUCUGGUUGUGGUAAAAGUGUUGCUUGGAGAGUCCUCCUUGAAGCUAUGUACAGAGUAGAAAAGAUUAAAGGAGAAUCUUAUAUUGUAGACCCUAAGGCCAUUCAUAAGGAUGAAUUAUAUGGCAAGCUUGAUAAUACAACUCUUGAAUGGACUGAUGGUGUUUUCACUGGUAUUCUAAGAAAGAUUACUGAAAACGUUCGUGGUGAAUCCUCUAAGAGACAUUGGAUUAUUUUUGAUGGUGAUGUUGAUCCAGAAUGGGCUGAAAAUUUAAAUUCCGUUUUAGAUGAUAAUAAGUUGCUCACUUUACCUAAUGGUGAAAGAAUUAGCAUUCCUCCUAAUGUAAGAAUUAUGUUUGAAGUCGAAACUUUGAAAUACGCUACACUUGCUACCGUUUCUAGAUGCGGUAUGGUUUGGUUCUCUGAUGAAAUCGUAUCAUACAAUAUGAUUUUCUAUAACUAUGUAAACAGACUAAAGUAAGAAAACUAUGAUGAAAUUCCUAAAGAAGAAGAUGAUGAAAAAGAAAAAAGGAAGGAAACUCCUGAAGCCAUUACACGUAAAUAGUGUGUAGAAGCUAUUCAAAAUCUUUUCUUAGAAGGAGAACCUAGCUUUGGUGAAUAAAUUGUAGAAAUAGCUUUGUCUUAUCCUCAUGUUAUGGAAUUCACUCGUAUUCGUGUGCUUGAAGCAUCAUUUGCCUUAAUAAGAAAGGGUAUUUCAAAUGUUCUCGAAUAUAAUGAAUCUCACCCUGAUUAUAAUCUCGACCCCGAAGUACUCAAGAAAUAUAUGCAAAAGUGGACUCUUUUCUCUUUAAUGUGGGGUAUUGCAGGUUCAAUGACUCUUUAUUAAAGACAAAAAUUCGGUGAAAAUAUAGCUAAAUUCAGUCCUGUUGAUCUACCUCCUGUUGGAGCUGGAUAAGAAAGUAUUAUUGACUUUGAAGUAAGAAUUGAAGAUGGUGAGUGGUACGCUUGGAAGAAGAAAGUUCCUCAAGUAGAAGUUGAUCCUAUGAAAGUAACUGAUGCUGAUUUAAUUAUUACAACUGUUGAUACAUUAAGACACUAGGAAGUUUUGUGCUCCUGGUUGAGUGAACAUAGACCUUUCUUGCUUUGUGGUCCUCCUGGUUCUGGUAAAACUAUGACUUUAAUGAGCACUUUGAAAGCAUUGACAGACUUUGAAAUGAUUUUCGUUAACUUCUCUAGCUCUACAACUCCUUCUCUCAUUCUUAAGCAAUUCGAUCACUAUUGCGAAUAUGUAAAAACAACUUAGGGUUUGAUUUUACGUCCUAAAUAACCAAAUAAAUGGUUAGUUGUAUUUUGUGAUGAAAUCAAUUUGCCAGAUAUGGAUAAAUAUGGUACAAUGACUAUUAUUACUUUCUUAAGAGAAUUGACUGAACAAAAGGGUUUCUGGAGACCAACUGAUAAAUAAUGGAUUAGCUUAGAGCGUAUUCAAUUUGUAGGUGCAUGUAAUCCUCCUACAGAUACUGGAAGAAAACCUCUUUCUGCUAGAUUCCUUCGUCAUACUCCUUUAAUUUUAGUUGAUUUCCCUGGUCCUGAAUCUCUCAAAUAAAUUUAUGGUACCUUUAAUCGUGCUAUGCUCAAAAAGGUUCCUCAUCUUCGUAAUUUAGCUGAGCCAUUAACUAAUGCUAUGGUUGAAUUCUAUACUCGCUCUCAACUUCACUUUACUGCUGAUAUUUAACCUCACUAUAUAUACUCUCCUCGUGAACUCACUCGUUGGAAAUAUGCAAUCAACGAAGCAUUAGAACCAUUAGAAAGUCCCGAAGAUCUUGUAAGACUAUGGACUCAUGAAGCUAUGAGACUGUUCUAAGACAGACUUGUUAAGGAUGAUGAAAAAGAGUGGUGUGAAAAGUUAGUAGACGAAGUUGCUCAAAAUAAUUUCCCUUCUGUCAAGCAAACUGCAUUAGAAAGACCAAUCCUAUUCUCAAAUUACAUAAAUAAAGAUUAUCGUUCAGUUGAAAGAGAAGAAUUAAGAAAAUACGUUGUUGCUCGUUUGAAAAUAUUUAAUGAAGAGUAAUUGGAUGUCCCAAUUGUUGUAUUUGAUUCUGUCCUUGAUCAUAUUUUACGUAUUGAUAGAGUACUCAGACAGCCUUUGGGUCAUCUUUUACUUGUAGGUGCCUCUGGUGUCGGUAAGACUACUCUCACUAGAUUUGUUUCUUGGAUGAAUAAUUUGGUUGUCUAUCAAAUCAAAGCAGGAAGAAAAUACAAUGUCCACGAUUUUGAUAAUGAUCUUAGAGAUGUUAUGAAACGCGCUGGUGUUAAAUAAGAAAAAAUCUGCUUUAUCUUUGAUGAAAGUAAUGUCUUAGGACCUGCAUUCUUAGAAAAAAUGAACGCCUUGCUCGCCUCUGGUGAAAUUCCAGGUCUCUUUGAAGGUGAAGAAUAUAUGGCUCUUAUGAGUUAAUGCAGAGAAGCUUAAAUGAAAGAAAAUAAAAUGAUGGAUACUGAUGAUUAAGUUUACAGAAACUUCAUAAAGAAUGUCCAAAGAAAUUUGCACGUAGUUUUUACUAUGAAUCCUGCUAAUCCUGACUUCUCCAAUAGAACUGCAAGCUCUCCAGCUCUUUUCAAUAGAUGUGUUAUUGAUUGGUUUGGUGACUGGUCUUAAGAAGCAUUGUGGUAAGUUGGUAAAGAAUUCACUUAACACGUAAAUUCAGAUGAAGCUUCAUUCACUAAGAGCUCUGUUGCUGAAAAUGUUGAAACUAGAUAAUUAUAGCUUGUCAACACUAUAGUCCACAUCCAUAAUACUGUUGUUAGUCUUAACAGAAACCUCGCUAAGAGUGCUAAGAAAUAUAAUUAUAUAACACCAAGAGAUUAUUUAGAUUUCAUUAAACACUUUAUGGAAUUACUCCACUCUAAGAGAUCUUCUCUUGAAGACUAGCAAUUGCACUUAAAUAAGGGUCUUGAAAAGCUUAAAGACACAGAAGAACAAGUAGCAACCAUGGAAUCCACACUUAAGAAAAAGAAAACUGAAUUAGAAUAAAAGGAAAAAGAAGCUAAUGAGAAAUUAAAAUUGAUGGUUUCAGAAUAAAAUAAAGCUGAAUAAAGUAAAGAUGAAUCAAUAAAGCUCACUGAAUAAGUAGAUAAAUAAAAGGCAAUUAUUAAUGAAAGAGAAUAAAUUGCUCGCCAAGAAUUAGCUGAAGCUGAACCUGCUCUUAUCAAAGCUAAAGAAAGUGUUAAUUCUAUAAAUAGAGCUCAGCUUGAUUAAAUCAGAUCUUAUGCUGCUCCUCCUAAAUUGGUAUAAAUUACAAUGGAAGCAGUCAUCUUUGUUAUUACAAACACUUAUACAGCUAAUCCUGCUUGGGCUGAUAUCAAAAAGUAGAUUGCAAAUAAAGAUUUUAUCAAAAAUGUUCUUGAUUUCUCAACUGAUAACCUCCAACCUGCAAUUAAGAAUAAAUUAAUUUAGAAUUAUUUAAAGAAAGAAGAAUGGAAUGUUGAAAGAAUUUACAACUCUUCUUAAGCAGCUGGUCCUCUUGCUCUUUGGGUAGAAUCAUAAAUCAGAUAUGCUGAUAUUCUAUUAAAGGUAGAUCCUCUUAAGAAAGAAGUAGAUGAUCUUAAGAAACAAGGUAGCAUUUUAGAAGAUAAAAAGAAACAACUUGAUUAAUAAGUCGAACUAUUACAAGAAAAGAUUUCUCAACUUAAGAGUGAUUAUGCUAUUUUGAUUGCUGAUAAAGAAAAUAUAAAGAAUGAAAUGAUUAAGGUAAAAGAAAAGGUCGAACGUUCUCAAUAACUUUUAUAAAAUUUAUCAUCAGAAAGAUUCCGUUGGGAUGCCUCAUCUCAAAACUUCAAGCAAUAAAUGGCCACAAUCAUUGGUGAUGUCCUUUUAUCUGGUGCAUUCUGUAGUUAUAUUGGUUUCUUCGAUCAUUUCUACCGUCGUGUUUUAAUGAAAUCAUUCCGCGAUUAUCUUGAAAAUUCUGCUUACAUCCGUUUCCGCAAGGACCUUAGCUUAAUUGAAUUCUUGUCAAAACCUUCAGAUCGUCUCAAUUGGUAAUCUCAUCGUCUUCCUAAUGAUGAUUUGUGUACUGAAAAUGCCAUUAUCCUCUCUCGUUUCCAUAGAUAUCCUCUCAUCAUUGAUCCUGCUGGAUAGGCAUAAGAAUUUGUACUCUCUUUCUAUAAAGAUAAAAAAAUAGCUAGAACUUCAUUUGCUGAUGAUGCAUUUAUGAAGACCCUAGAAACCUCUCUUUGUUUUGGUUGCCCUCUAUUAGUUCAAGAUGUAGAACGUAUUGAUCCCAUCCUCAAUUCAGUUCUGAAUAAAGAAGUUUACAAGGCUGGUGGUCGUGUUUUAAUUCGUGUUGGUGAUUAAGAAAUUGAUUUCUCAUCUUCAUUCUAAAUGUUUAUGAUUACACGUGAUUCUAAUGCUCGUUUCACUCCUGAUCUUUGCUCUCGUGUUACUUUUGUAAACUUUACUGUCACACCAAGUUCUUUGCAAAAUCAAUGUUUAAACAUUUAUCUUAAGAGUGAAACUCCUGAAACAGAAGAAAAGCGUAUUAAACUUAUGAAAUUAUAGGGUGAAUAUAUUGUCCGUCUUCGUGAGCUUGAAGAUUCUUUGCUUGAUUCUCUUUCUAAUGUAACUGGUUCUAUUUUAGAUAAUGAAUCAGUUAUAGGUACUUUGGAAAAACUUAAGAGUGAAGCUACUAACGUAUAACGUGAAAUGGAACAAAGUGAUAAGGUUAUGUAAGAAGUUUAAAAAGUAACUUCUGACUAUAUUCCAUUAGCAGAAGCCUGCUCAAAAGUAUUCUUUGCUCUUGUUUCAAUGAAAUAAUUACAUUAUCUUUAUGAUUUCUCAUUAAACUUCUUUAUGGAAAUUUUCAAUGAGUUACUUCAUAAAAAUGAAAUACUUGCUGCAACUGCUAAGACUGAUUUACCUGCUCGUCGUAGAGUCAUUUAUGAUGAGCUCUUUAUCAGAGUAUUCUAAAAAGUAACAAACUCACUUCUUGACUAGGAUCGUAUUAUUUUUGCUUUACGUCUUACAUAAAUAAAGCUUGGUAAGACAUACGAAAAUGCUUUUAUGAAUCUUGCUAAAGCUCCUAAAUUAAUUGAAACAACCUUAUCUGAAUAACUUCUUGAAUCAAAGCUUACAAAAUAAUAGCUCAAGCUACUUGAAGAUAUUUCUACUAAUACUACUGAAUUUUCAGCUCUUUUACCUGAUGUAAAUCGCAACGAAAGCUCUUGGGUUGAUUUCAUCCUUUCUGAAACUCCAGAGGAUUAAGUUCCUUCUGAUUGGGCUCCUCAACAAAAUCCAAGUAUGUCUGAAUUUGAUUUAACAGUAAAUAAUCUUCUUCGUGAUUUAACAGUUAUUAAAAUUUUCCGUCCAGAUAGAUUCCUUGUUGUUGCUAAGAGACUUGUGUCAAAGGUUAUGGGAAGCAAAUUCCUUGAAGAUAUUUAAAUUGAUAUGAAAUAGGUAGUAGAAAAAGAUUCAAAUUGCAAAUCUCCUAUUCUCAUGUGCAGUGCUCCAGGUUUUGAUCCAUCUUACAAGGUUGAUGCCCUUGCUAAAGAAAUGGGUGUUAGACAUAUAUCAGUAGCUAUAGGUUCCUAAGAAGGAUUUGAUCUAGCUGAUAAAGCAAUUCAAUAAGCUGCUAAAUCUGGUAUUUGGGUUUUACUUAAGAACGUUCACUUGGCACCUUCUUGGCUUUCUGAAGUAGAGAAGAGUAUUCAUAGAUUAACUCCUCACAAUAACUUUAGAUUAUUCUUAACCAUGGAAUUCAAUCCUAAGGUACCUUCAACUCUUAUUCGUUAAUCUUACAAACUUGUAUUUGAACCUCCUAGCGGUAUUAAAGCUUCUUUACAACGUUCAUUUGCUUCUCUUCUCACUCCUGCUCGUACUGAUCGUCUACCAAGAGAAAGAUCAAGAUUACAUUUCCUUCUUGCCUGGUUGCAUGCUAUUUUAUUAGAGAGACUUAGAUACACACCUAUUGGUUAUACUAAGGUUUAUGAAUUUAAUGAAGCAGAUCAAAGAUGCUCACUUGACUUAAUUGAUGAAUUCGUAGAUUCUCUAGGUGACCGCUCAAAUAUAGAUCCUGAUAAACUUCCUUGGGAAGCUAUCAGAACUAUUUUAUGCUAGAAUUUAUAUGGUGGUAAAAUUGACAAUGAAUAUGAUGGUAAGAUCCUUGAAUCAUUAGUUGAGCACUUAUUCAAUCCUAACGCUUUUAACGCAAAUUAUGACAUGUUCUCUACAUCAGAAAAAAAUAUUUAACUCAUCAAGAUGCCAGAAGCAAUUCGUCAAUCUUAAUAUGUUGAGUGGAUAGAAAAAUUGCCAAAUGUAGAAUCUCCUGCUUGGAGUGGUUUACCUGUAAAUGCAGAAAAAAUCCUUAAAGAAUAAAAUACAGAACGUGCAUUAAAUUUAUUAUGGACUUUGUAGGAUGUAAAUGAUGAAGAAAUCGAAGAAAUAGAUAUGGGAGUUAAGCCAAAGACUGGAGGCUAAGGUUAGUAAUCCCAACAAGUAUAAUGGUUGCGUACUGUUUAAGAGAGAUCUGAAUCAUUCCUCAAGGUUCUUCCUCAACAAAUUGAAAAGUUAAAUCGUACUGCUACUUCAAUGAAUGAUCCUCUCUUCCGUUUCUUGGAAAGAGAAAUUACUGUAGGUACUAAGCUACUCAAUGAAAUUAAGUCUAACCUAAAGGAUGUUAUUUAAAUGGCUGCUGGUAAUAUUGCUGGUACUAAUGUAACAAAAUAACUUGCUAAGGAUGUCUAUUCUGACGUAGUUCCUAAGGCAUGGGUUAAAUUUAAUAGUUAUUGCACAAGUCUCAAUGAAUGGAUUUUUGAUUUCAAGCAACGUAUUGAUUAAUUCAAUAAGCUUGCAAUCAUACCAAAUUACCAAAAAUCAGGUGUUUGGAUUGGACAAUUAUUAUAUCCUGAAGCUUAUAUGACUGCCACUAGAUAGUUUGUAGCUUAAAAUAAUGCUUGGUCAUUAGAAGAACUGGAACUCUAAGCUUCAGUUUAUAGUGAAGGUGACUAACUAGGAGAUGAUUGCUUCUUAGUUAAAGGUAUGUCUAUUGAAGGAGCUGACUGGAAAGGAACUCAACUUUUACUUAGUAACGAAAUAAGAAUUAUGUUACCUCCUAUUAUCUUCAAGUGGGCAAGAUCAUCAACAAAGGGAGUUCAAGAUGGACAAAUUAUGGUUCCUGUCUAUCUCAAUAAAGCAAGAAAAAAUCUAAUUUUCAGUUUAAAGAUGAAUUGUGGUCACAUUCCUCGUGCUCAACUCUACUAGAAAGCAAUUACAUUGAUUGCUUGGAAUAAUUCUUGA